AUGCACGCCAUGAACAUCGAAUCUUACCAAAGCUUGACAACUCGGACUUUUGUGAUUGAAAACGUGUGGCUUGUGGCACAGCUUCAGCUGUAACAAUCUUCACCCUCGCAAAUCUUGCUUACGCAACAACAUCAUGCUACGAAUUGGAGAAGUUGUAACCAUGCCAAGACUCGCCACGAAAAAACGGCUAGAGAGCUCAUCAAUGGACUAAUGAGACGGGAUGGAAUGAGCAGGGCUGAAGACUCUGAGUUAUCCAUGACGACACCCAGAUAA